AUGGCCGACAAUCUGGGGAAGAAAGAGCGGAGAAAAAGCUUGAGCGUGUUCAGCCCGUCGACGACCUCGUCCUUUUCCGGUCCCCGGGCCCAUGACCGGUCCCCGUCCGAUGAUGUCCAUGUCCUGAAGAAGCCGCGGCGCAAUUCGGGUUUCUUUGGUCGCAACCCUAGCCCGCCCAGGUAUCAUGGCAGUCGCCGUCCCGGCACCGCUGAUUCGGAGUCCACGGCCCAUCUGGCAUCCCUGGCUUCCGGGAUCCCGGAGGCCCGCCCUCGCCCGCGACGCAAAUCGAUGCAGAAGAAGCGGGCGUCCGUCUUUGGCUCGCUCCGGUCGCUCCACUCCCUAGACGACGAGGAGGGUUCGCUGGGACGCUCCAAGGGGUCGUCCGUCGAUGACGAAGAUGCAUCCGAACAGCGACAGGGCAUUGGGUCCAUGAUCUUACACCACGGAGAGAUCCAAACCACCGGAGGCAUGUGGAGGAAGAAGAGCCAGUACCUAGUCCUAACCGAUACCCACCUCGUCCGACUCAAGAACCAGAGCAAGGCCGCAGAUAUGUUUCCUUCCAUUCCGCCGUCCUUCGCCCGCUCUGCGGGGAGUCGCCAGUCCAUCGCUUCCGUCAGUUCGUUGCAGGAUCCUCUCUCUGCCCCUAGCGACGCAUCUGCGGGGAUUCCACUCAACGGGAUUGUUGCCGUCUACAUGCUGGACGACGGCCGACCUACGUCGACAGUUGAGGUCGCCUAUCUGGACGAACGGGCGCAUAAAGCAGCCUUCAUCCAGAUGCAGACACCCGAUUACCAGGAGCUAAGUCUAUGGAUGGUCGGGAUCCGCUCUGCCGCCGAAUUGAUUCGGGGGGCUGAUCCUCUACCCUUCGAUCGGAAGUCGAUGGAGUGCGUCGUCAGGAUGCUGGAGUAUGAGCGAGACUAUGACCCGGAAACAUUUCGCAUGUUCCGCGUCAUUCAGAUGGCUUCCAGCAAAUCUCCGACGCGGGCUUCGUCGGACGACCUCACAAAGCUGUCCCCCACGGGAUGUUUCCUCGCCUUGGGUUCGCACAAACUUCAUCUCAUUCCACUUCAUAAGGUUGCGAAUCGCAACUCGGCGGUGUCAUUGACCGACCUGGACACCGGAACGUCAUUUGGUCUAAUGAACUUAACCUGCCUGUCUAUGGAAUGGGGGGACGAUAGUCUACACCUUACAUUUCGAGUUCCGCUUCGCAAACCGUUCUCGAUAUUUCUAGCAUCUGUACAUUCCCUGGAGAUUGCCUUCUGGAUAAGGCAGAAAACGGAGUUUUUGCGGCCUCUGUGGAUUCGACAACCGUACGAAUUUAUUGUGCCUCGUGAUCUCGAUAAUGAUUGUAACUUCCCACCGGUGGAUCUGGAAGAAGAUUAUGGCUGCUUUGAUCGAACACUGGUCGCGUACUCUGCGAGCUUUGAUAUUGAUACCUCCAACAUUCGAUAUACAAUCGAUGUGCAAUGUGAAGAUGCUCCCUGUUUCCGACUUUUGCCGCCAGCAACGCCGCGUCGCCAGAAAUACUCCGCUCUGGAAUUGAUUGCAGUCAUGCGGGCAUUGCGGUACAACGAGUCCUUCCGGUCCAUUUCAUUCAGCGGGGUUAGCUUGGAUGCGCUGCAAGGUGUUUAUGACUUCCACGGGUUUGACACAGAUAUGCUCCUAAGUCGUGCAGGCUCCCCGAUCCACAUACCAGGUCAAGAAAACCUGUCUGUCCUGUCACAGGAGGUUCGUGCUCUGACUCUCAAAAGCAAAUGGCUCCGGCACCUGGACUUCUCCUACACCUUAAGCCGCACCCCCAAGUCUGACAGCGAGAGCCAUGAUCCCGGCUGCGGAAUUCCUGAAGCCAUCUUCCCCAUCUGCCGCCGGGAGUUGACUAGCGUGGACUGGAUUGUACUUAAUGGAAUCAAACUUGGUGACUCCGAUCUGGACUACCUCGUGGAUGCAGCCUCCCAGCGAGGAAGCCAUUUGCGGGCAUUGGAGGUGGGCAACUGCGGCUUGUCUCUUCACGACCUUGACUUGCUCAUUUCAACCACAGUCAGCCAGGCUUCGACACUCGAGGUACUCAAUAUCUCCGGUGUCCAAGGCCGACUAAACCCUGAUUUAUUCCAGCAGUAUCUUGGGCAUUUCAGCCAGAUCAGGAAGCUGGACCUAUCUCGGAUUUCCAGGACUUCAGGCUCCGAGCCGUUGAUCACUGCAGAGACCCUGUUCAAUUGGCGACUUGAGGAGCUUUCGUUGAGUCGAACCGCUGUGAAUAGAGAGACCGUUGACUCGAUCGCCACGUAUUUGGCCAGUGAGCGGUCUCAGAACCUACGUGUUCUUAAAAUGGACCAGUGUGGACUAACUGGUCAGGAUGUGGCCAUUUUCCUCCACUCGGAGGCGGUCGUGGGAAGCUCCCGGAACCUCCAUUUGCACGUGAAUGAGAACCGACUAGAUCAGGGCUGUUCUUAUCUGUUCAAUGCCAUCGCUGAAGACAACACCCCGUCGCAUCUGUCAAUGCGGAUGAUCGACUUCAAGAGGGAGGAGCAGUUUCAGCAACUGGCCGAAGCAUUGCGGAAGAACCGGACUUUAAAGUACCUGGACAUCUCGAAGGCAUCUCUCCCAUAUGAUGCAGGCCCCGAGACGUGUAAGUCCCUGCAGUUAAUGUUUGAAGAAAAUGAAACCUUGGAGGACUUGGAUAUUAGCGGGGAAAGCGCCCAUUUGGACGUUGCCCGGUUUGGCAUCGGCCUUAACUUGGCACUGACAGGGCUCAAAAAGAAUAAGUCGUUGAAGGUGCUGAAAAUUGAGCAUCAGAAACUAGGGCUGCAAGGUGCGAAUACCCUGGCAUCUGUUCUGGAGGAGAACACAAGUCUCCGGGAAGUCCAUUGCGAAAACAAUGAUAUCAACCUGCAGUCGUUCACGGUCUUGAUCAAUGGCCUACAGCGGAACAAGUCCCUUUUGAAUCUUUCAUGCAUGGAUCGAGACCGGAUCCAAUCCCUUGACAAGGUGCGUCGCGAAAUAGAAAGCGUGAAACGGGAUCUUAGUCUUCAACAAAGUUCCACAUCAAGCUCCAUUCGUCGGUCUCUGCACGCUGCCAUUCAUGUUAAAAAUGUCACCGGAGGUCAUAGGCUCAGCAAACAUCCGCACCCCCCGGGCCCUCACCGAGCGGGAUCCUCCGUACCCUCGAACCCGUCUUCGUGUGCGGAGGCCUCACCGUUGUCGGGCCGUGACAUAGAGAUCAUCCUGGAAUCGCUGGGUCGGAAGUGGGAUAUGGAGGUCGCUCGUCUGCGUCGGUAUUUGUUCCGAAACUACAACAUGGCCCAUGGUAUCGAUGACGAUUCUAUGGUGCAUAAUGGUGACGAUACUUCGAGUGAUGGACGCCCUGCUACAGCUACCAGUCUUGCGACAAUGCUGGACAGUCUCAAACUUGAUGUCACCGUCUCAACCAAUGAGGUUUCUACAAAACAGCCAACCAACAUGCAGCCGUCGCCGAACCCUAGCGAGACGGAUCACGCCAGUCAUUUGGAUAUUUUCGAUAGUCUUGAUACGGAAAGCAAUAUAAAUACCGCGCUCCGGGGCCGGCCACAAACGGCUCCUUUCUCGCUCCCCGAACAUGCACCUCAGAUUUUGCCCUCUGAAUACGUGACGUCGGGUGCUUCCUCCUCGCGGCUGGCGAUGCCGGUUCCGGCCAUACCAUCGCUUGCCAAUAAAUCCAGCAGCGUCCGCAGCACCCGCAGUUCUAGCACUGCGUCCACUAGUGCUUGCACCGCUGCCAGUGCGCGGAGCACAUACGGCGCCGCGUCAUCAACUUUGCGUGGAUUUCUUACCAGGGGCGCGUCGAAAGAACGCAGGAGGAUGGAGAAAAUGAACCCCGGAACUGUCUGUGUCUCGAAUGAACGACCACCCAGGUUGGACUGGGCGCCACCUCAACUUGAACUCGGGGACUUUCGCUAG